UCCGCUGAGCCAAAGAGAACUGCCCGCAGGCCCCGGGUUAGCAUUUGGGUAUAAAAGAGGCGGAGGUGGACCUGCCUGUCAGAUGGUUUGUUGUUGUUCUGUCUGCCAGGUUGAGAGGGGAAUGUGAAAGUGAGAAAUUUAACAAGGUAACCAGGAAACAGGACCGCCAGAGCGACGUCCAAGCCGAUGGAGCUUCAGAAGCCGUAACUUUCUUUGACGAAAGAGAAGACUUUUGUUACACAAGCUUGUCAGGUUCAGGUUUGUUGUUGUUUAAAAAAAGAGCAUCACAGCGUCCUGUCUUUGCAGUGAAGGUUGAAAGGUUGUUGGUGGACAGUACAAUGAGAGAAGAGGUGUCCUGCACCAACUCCCCUGAAGGAGGUCUGGGGGCCAGUGAAGAGGAACUGGAAAGAGGAUCAAAGAAGACCCACCAACAAGGAAAUCGAAAACGCUCCCCUUACCCCAAGAAGGACAGCCUCGGUCAGGCAGAGGAGAGCAGCACCGGCAGCCCCAACAGCCUGCUGCCGUCUGGGCCGAAGAGGCCCAAGAAAAGCCCUUCGACAGUCGUGUCAUUGGCCCCCACGUCGCUGGGCCCCCGGCUUGACCAGCCCUUCGAGGACCUCCACUCUCAGCGCGUCAUCGCUAACGUACGGGAGCGUCAACGCACUCAGUCCCUGAACGACGCUUUCGCCUCUCUACGCAAGAUCAUCCCCACGCUACCUUCAGACAAGCUGAGCAAGAUCCAGAUCCUGAAGCUGGCUUCACGCUACAUCGACUUCCUCUACCAGGUGCUGCAGAGCGACGAGAUGGACGCCAAGCUGGCCAGCUGCAACUACCUGGCCCACGAAAGACUGAGCUACGCCUUCUCCGUCUGGAGGAUGGAGGGGGCUUGGGCCAUGUCCACCAGCCACUAGGAUCCCAUCGAACUUCUCUCCUAAACCCUCUCAUGUCCACAUCUUCACCCCACCACCUCUGUCUGUGUUUGCACCCAUUUCCUGACCUCUGAACCUCUGAAUUCUGCCCUUUCAGUCUGAUCUUAACCUUUUCAUCUCAAACCUUUGCACACAUUCCUGCUCGAUCUAUGUGCUCCAUAAUGAUUCACUCUACCAGUUGGAUCUUUGCAACUAAAACCUCUCUCAGUUCACCCUGUUCCCCUCCAUUGUUUUCUCUUCCACUGCUCUCCCUUGUCUGUCCUACAGUUUAGUCCAGUGCAACAAGACGCUCCGCUGCAGCCCCUCAGAAAACAGACAAAUGGAAAAUUCCCUUCAUUCAAAGAAGAAAUUUGUUCCUGCCUCACCAGACAACCCCCCAUUUUUUGAUCUUUAAAAAACCCUUUUUUGUCUUUGUCUGGACAUGUGCUCGACUCAUGACACCGAGAUGUAUUUUUGUAGCUUGACUCUAACAGUUUUCACUUUGUGUUUCUGAAACACUGGUGAGGAGACAUGACAGUCAAGCGCUGAACAUUUUGAAUGAAUAAAACAAGAACAAAACAAACAGCUGGCCUGCGUUGACAAUGAAACAAAAUGGCUGCUGGUUCGAGUGCCUUGGGUAACACCGUGAUAACCAUCAUCCACCCAACUCUUCACAUCGGAUGACUCACUGCCAGACAGACAUUAAGAUGACUAAUGAUAAUGGCACAGUGAUGGUUUGAGGGCGGUCACAGCCAAUGAAUGUUUACAGCUAAAAUGCUAAUAAGCUAAUUGCUCUGGCUCUCAAAGCCCCGUCUUGUGGGAAAAGAGGAGCACGAGGAAUCUGACGGAGAUCUUCUACUUUGUUGUGCUGUAGUAACUGGAUAGCUUUCUGUGUAUUUUGGGGGUUUUAAAGUGUAUGUUUGUGAAGUUGGUGUAUGCACACUGUAUUACUUUAACUCUGCUCAUGCAUUACACUACGCUUUAAUGAAAAAUGUCCAUCGGAAAAUGUCUUAAACCACUGAUCACAAUUCAGUCACUUCUGUUUCUUUUCACUUCAGUUAUUAGUGAGGAACACAGAAAGUUGUAUUUUAAAAUGCAAGAAAAUCUGAUCAAUGUACUUUUUCCUGCAGCUUUAAGAAAUAUCUUUGCAAACUUUCUGUGAGCAUUUUUUACUAAAUAGUGCAAAAGUAAAAGCAGAAAGUUUCUUGUAAAAUGUGCCAAAGUGAUGAUGAAGUGAUUCCAGCCAUAGUAUAGAGGAUUCAUUUGAAACCAUAAGUAGUCUAAUUACUGUUUGAUCAUGUUUCUUUUGUACUGUUUUGCAUUUGCUUUUGAUAAUCUUGAUUGUGUCAGCUCCUGUGGACAAUAAAACUUUUCUCAAUGCUG